UGCGGGACUGCAAGGAGGGGUGGGGGGACGUGGUAAAAGAGGGGUCCUGAGUCAAGAGGCUUAUUACCUGAUCAGCUGCAGACUUGGAAGGAGCCUCUCUGACCAGUUCCCACUGGAUAAAAGACAAACCGCGUCGGACCAGUAGCUACAAUGAAACUGCUACAGGAAAACGAGGAUGCAACAAAGGACAGAAAGUUCAUAAAAUCUCAGGUGGAGAAACGUCGGAGGGAGAGGAUGAAUCGCAGUCUGGAGAGUUUGAGGACCAUGUUGCUUCAGGAGCCACAACAACUGGGUGGGACUCAGCGCCGAGUGGAGAAAGCUGAGAUCCUGGAGCACACAGUCCUCUUCCUACAGAACACUGCCAAAGGAGACAAGACGGGGGCUGAGGGUGGUGGUGGUGGAGGCCAGAAACACUCUUUCCAAGAUGGCAUCUCCAUCUGCCUGCAGAGAGCUGCUCAGUUCCUGGGACCCGAAGGGAAGGGCCUACAGCUUGGAGCAGCACUUGAUGCGUCUUUUGCUGCUCGCUUUUCCCACUCAAACUCUGAUUCUGCAGGCGUCCAAAGGAGAACCGAAGCUUCCUGCUCUCUGCCGCACACAAAGUCCAUUCUCCGGAUGCUGAGGCAAAAGUCCAAACACAGACUGCAUGCACAAGCCUUCAGCGCCAACAGCUUUGCUCGUUCAAGCCGAAUUCCAGUCCAGCAGAACUGGACAAGCACAACUCCCCAGCAGGCUCGGAGACAAAAUCAUCUCGAGACCAGAGUGGAAAGACGAGCGAGCAAACAGAGCCCCUCCCAGAGCUGCCCGGUCAGCCAGACUCUGUGGAGGCCCUGGCCCUGAUCGCCAGGCGGUCACCUCUGAAAUGCGUACUUUUAAUGACUCUGACAGCUGAUUAACAUCCAUUGGGGUCACCUGUACUGUUCCUGAAAGAACAUCUGCAUUGUAGUCUCGCAGACAACAGCCUAUGAUCUACUGUAAAUAAUGUAAAAAUCUCAUUUGUACAUGUGCUGUGUAUGUGGUGGAGUUGACUCACUACUCUUGUUUAAUGGUUUUGAAUGAGCGCAGUCAGUGGGGCAGCCGUCUGUUCUGCUGACAGGCACAGGGACACUCCCACACCGGGGACGGCUGUGGAGCCGGAUCAUGUGGCCGAGGCCCGAGCCUUGGACUGCUGCGAGUUUAGAGGUGUGGGUCCUCAGGGUUCGAGGCUGGGAGAGCCCCAAGCAGCCCCUCACAUUCACCUGUGUGCCAUGAUGUCGGCUGGCUUUGAUUGACGACAUCUGUGGCUGUGUGUACAAUGUAACUUGUAUUCUCUUUAAAUAUAUAUCUUGUCUAAUUUGCACACUAAUUUAUUCUGGAUGUCUCCCUAUGGUGAGCGGUAUUCUUUUUUUAAUAAAAAAACCAACAUUUCUUAAAAUGAAAAAA